UUUUCACGUGCACUUCCGUAAACAGAGUAAAGAGAGGUUACUUUUCUUUACAUUUUCUUGCAUAAUAUAUAAAGUUGCACACCCACUAGAAUUAUUUAAUGCAUUUCACACUUUUUAAUCCCUCUGUCUUCACGUUUUUGUUAACAUGUUAUUUGACUGUGAGGGGCGAUGACACUUGUGGUGCUUUAAAGCAGUGGCUAGAGUCAACAGCAGUUUCACUGGAGAUCAAGAACAAUGGUUUUCACAGGGAGGUCGAGACGACAGUUGAGCUCCAGCCUGGUGCGUUCAGGGACGUCCGGCUUUUGCUGCUGCAUAGAUGGCCAAGUGGCGUCUAUGUGGACCCCUACCAGCUUGCUUUCCUCAGCGAUGCAGUUGAUUGGCAGAUAUUAGUGGAUUCCACCAUCGACCUGGAGGUGCCUGCACACAAGACGUCCGGAUUCCUCACCUACGUUUAUCCCGCCUUCGGUGAGCAAACUCCCGGAAUGCUCAAAGUUAGCAUCCCCAUCCACGGCCGCUAUCACCAGCCUUCCUUUGUCGGGGAAACUUUGCAAUCCAUCGCCAUACGACCCCCACAGCUGCUUUUGCAUUCCGAAAAAUGUUUGCAGCUGGACGAUUUGGAGCCUCACACGACGACGGAAGCCCCCUGCACCGCUGACAAUACAAGCAUGUGUCUGUGGAUUCAAGUGCAACAAAAGCAGAGGCCUGCUGACGAGACCUUGCGUUUACCAGUGGGCAACGGUUCUCUGGUGAUGCCCGUGUGCGGCAUGACACUGGCGGUCACCAUGAUUUGCUGUUUGGUGCUAUCCAAAUACAUGUGGAAGUAUCGGAUUGUUUGAAACGCCAUGCUACUUGGCUUCUGUUUGCCAGGCUUCUCUUUAACAUAUUUGUUUGCUUCUUCUGGACGGUACAUAUUUAUGUCAAGAAUCACAGUUUUGUUCAAAUUAGAGACAUUUCUUUGCAUGCGUCAUCAUCAAUGAGGCCCUGCUUCUUAAAGGCACGUAUCUUAGACACAGACACUACGUACUGCAUUUUCUAUACAUUUUAUGCUUGGAAUUUUUGGUGUGUGUUUUAAUAUGUUUAAAAUGUUUGUAAAAAGUGUGUUUUGUUAAGUUUAAAGUGUCUUAUGACUCACUUGAA